AUGCCGCCUGCCCGUAAGAAAUUCGCAGCCUGCGAUCCGUGCAGGGCCGCCAAGGUGGCAUGCGAUCACGCACGGCCGGUGUGCAUCCGGUGCCAGAACCAAUCGCGGCAGGGAGAGUGCGUCUACCGCGCCUCGCCCUUCAAGAAGACGAAACGAGCCCCGGAGAAGAGCACUACUCCGGCGACACCCGGGCUUAUGAGCCACACGCCGAGCAGACAGCAAAGCUUCACCGCCGCCAAUGGGAGACCAUCCGUGCUGAGCGGCAGCGACGCCGUCGCGCCCAAGUCGCAUCGAUACCCGAACCCCGGCUAUCUUGGGACCUUUAGCUCCACCACCCUGUUCGGGAAUCUGCCGGACAUGCGUGACCCCGUGUUGGGCGAGGGUGGUGAGGGAGGCGCCGGCACCGGCGGUGUCGGCUCGGACAACCCUGUGCGCGAAGCCAACGUGACGCGUGGCGCAGGUUUGAUUAAGCAGAUCGAGGCCACCGUCUCUAUCGAGUCGUGCUGCGGACUGAUCCAAGCGUGGACAGCGCGUGGCUCCAGCCUGCCCCUGGCCGGCCCUUUCCUGGAACACUGCAUCUCCACGAUGCGGCAGCUGUUCCCCGAACAGGGCCGCCGGGCUGUCGCGAGCGUGGAGGUGUCACGGAGUCUCUUCCAUAACACCAGCCGGCCAAUCGACACAGCGUCGGGCACGACGCUGCACGACUUCCAGGAGCAGUUUGGCCACCAGCGGUGCCGGUGGGAGACGCUAGGCUUCUUCUUCACAGCGGCGUCGCGGGCCGCCAUCGAACUGUCCAAGUUUGAGUCGGCGCGGGAGUAUCGAGACUUGCAGCGGCUGGGUAUGAACCUGUCGGAUCUCAGUCUCGACAUUGCGCUGUCGCUGGACUGUCUGAAUGACUUGCAGCUUGUUCUGCAGUAUGAGAAUUGGAUCCUGCAUUCUUUCGUCGAUGGCGACCAGAGCUACCAUUCUUGGAAGAGACUGGGGGAUGUCAUCAGUUCUAUAUAUGCGCUCGGUCUACACCAGCAGACGAAUAAUGACUAUAAUAGCUUGCCACCCUUUUUACUCGAACUCCGGCGACUUACCUUUUCCCUCACAUAUUUUGCCGACAAGAACGUCUCCAUCUUCCUGGGACGGCCGCCGCGCAUACAUCUCAAGUACUGCAAGCUGAUCCUCCCUCGCAGCGACGGGCGCAUCGUCGAGCCGUGGCGGACCACCUGGCCGCAGGACAUGCCGUUUGACUAUGUCGCCGACAUUCGCUGGGGCGCGCUAUGCGGCAUCCUGAAGGAAGACAUUAUGGAGCUCUUCAGCGCUGAGGGCGUGCAUGAGAACCACCCCAAGGUCAAGUACGCAUAUUGCCACACGUUCGUGCGACCGUGGCGUACCGUUGCUAAUAACCGACACAGGGAAAUCUACGACAAGGCCACCGCGCAAUGGCAGGCGCUGCCUCCGCACUUCCGCCUCGAAACCUCGCUUAAGCAGUGCCACCAGGCGCCAGUUGUUCGUGACUUCAUCCUUAACGCGCGGCUGAACCAGCUGCACAUCCUUUUCCUGCUGCGGAUGGUGGUGGCGCGGUCGCGACCCGAGAGAGACGCGGAGCUGGUGUCGACCGCGGCCGAGAUACUGGGGCUCAUCGUGGAGGCGCUGAUGCAGAAGGACAGCCUGGUCAACUCCAACACGUCGCUGGUGUGGAAGGUGGCGUACUACGGGCUGUCAGCCGCCGGGGUUAUCAGCCUUUGGCUGCUACACCAGUCGUCGGCAUCGACGUCCAAGUUGCAGCCGCAACCGCACCCUAAUGUUGACACAUCCAGGGUCUUUCAGAGCCUGAGCGUCCUCGUCGCGGAGAUGGAGAAGGGCGUGCUUAUCGAGACUGACGACCCCAAUUACAAGCUCCUCCUCGACGCCUCCAAGACCAUCGGCUGUCUGCUGCGUCGGCUUUUCCAGGACCGCGUCGCCCCGCCGCAGAUAGAGGAGGCCAGUGGCGGUGGUAGUGGUGGUGUUGCGACGGCGGCGGCAGCUGCGGUCGCGGCCAGGUCGCCCACGUCGGCGGCGGCCAUUGCAGAGAUGGAGGAUGCAGCGCAGGACGCCGGCUGGAACCCCUGGGAUGGCCACACGCUCCAGGACUUUGAGUCGGAUUUCUGGCUGAAUUUGGCGGAGCACCCGUUCCUGGCCGGCGGUGGCGGGAAUGAGGUGUAG